GUGAGCUUUCUUAGUGUUAUAAUGCCAUCAACGCGUUCAAAGAAGCCCUCUGCCGCAUCAGCAGCUGCACAGGAGCCCCCUGCCACACUCACAACACCUACACCUACACCAAAUCGCAAGCGGAAGAGACCUCAGAAGUUUGAUGCUGGUGUCAAUCCUACCUCAAAGAAGUCAGAGAAGCAGCCAAAAAGCCGCCUACAGAAGCCGAAGAUGAAAGCGUGUACGACGCGUAGCAAGCCUGCUGAGGCACCACAAGCCAGCCAGUUCGCGGCUGCCGUACAAGCGGAGAAAAUACUAGGUGCCGUUAGCGAUCGCGACAGCGAGGAUGAGGAAGCUAGAAUAGAGGAAUUGGGUGACCCUAACCCAGAGGAUGAAGUUGAGGCAGCGUCAGCUGCCAAGCCAGCUGCCGAGCCGUCUGCAGAUGACUUUCAUCCUGUUGCAAGUGUGCGCUAUCGUGCUGCCUUUGAAGUUGCAAUAGAUGCAGUUUUGGCAGCUUCUGAUUGUAGCAAGGGCGUACGUGUACGUGGGAUAAUGAUGGGAGACGUUUGGCAAUGGGUCGACGAGACAGUAGAGGAUUUGCAGCCGUGCGCAGUUACUGUAGUUAACGUUGCUGCUACAGUCUAUCCGUACAACCAGCAUAAAGGCGAUAGGCGGCAGAAAGUAUUACAACUGAAAGAUGAGGAAGUUCGUGCAGCAAAGCCACCAUUGUUGGAUGAUCAACUCCGACAGAUGCAGCAGCUCUUCUUGAUGCGGGAGCGGCAGCAAAUGAGUAGCAAUUCACAAUCAGCAGCUCAACCGACAGCUCAAUCGGAAACUCCUCUACCAUCAUCAAGGCCUGUGUGGGUGGAUUUUGACUAUGAGAUUCCGCUCAAGAUGCACUAUCAUACUCUCAACUUCUUAGAGUACUCCCGCGAGUACUGGAACGCCUCAGCUGUUGAUUUGAUCAGAGAACAAGUAGUCUCCCAAGCAAAGUACGACAUCAACGCUCUCAUGAGCAGCAGCGCAGGGAAUGGGAUGGAGAUGCCUCACUGGGUCUCGGUCUUCAAGCUUGUCCCAGGCAACCUCAUUGAGCUUCGACAAAGAGCUCCUCAAUGGAGAAAAGACUACGCUGGUCUCAACAAUGAUCAGAAAGAGCGUGUUCAACAACGCCUUAACAGACUACGGCAAUGCCGUGAGCGUGCGCUGCAAGGUGGUGAUGAUGUUGAGCUUGAUCAAUAG